GGAGGAGGGGGGAGCUGCUGUAUUGUAGCGCCUCAGGGCAAAGCUCCAAGUCAAUAUAUAUCCCAACAUUGGCUCCUGCGCUCCCAUUUGAGCGGGACGCGCUGCCCUGCUGCUGCUGCUGCUGCAGAGAAGUGACAGACAGCCACACCGGGACCCUCUCUGGGAACAGCUGGAAGUUCAACAAGAGGAUGUUUUUCUCCAUCCCACAAGUUUGAAGGAAAGGCAGCGUCAGAUGAAAUGCACCGUAGCAUGAAAGCAACGUUUUUUUAGAUUAGCUCGUUUCACCCACGCCUGAAGCAACCAUGUCAAAGGACGAAUCCUGCAAAGUGACGUCGGCCGGCAAACACAAGGAGCGAAAGCCGAAGAAGCCGCACUACAUCCCCCGACCGUGGGGCAAACCCUACAACUAUAAAUGCUUCCAGUGUCCCUUCACCUGCAUGGAGAAGUCCCACCUGUACAACCACAUGAAGUACAGCCUGUGCAAGAACUCGCUGUCUCUGCUCAUAGAGUCCGACUGGCCGUACAAGAAGGGCAACGUCCUGCACCCGGACCAGCUGCGCCCCUUCCAGCAAGCGCACGGCCUGCAGGCCGCGGGGAAGGACGACCUGGAGCCGGCGGCGGGGGCCGAGGAGAAGCAGGGGCCGCGGAGGGAAGACGGAGAGGCCAGAGAAACCCAGGGAGCGGACGAUGACGAAGAGGGAGGCCGAGAGGAGGGAGCGGACACGACCAGAAUGGGCACAGGAGGCUCCGGCAGCAGCAGAGGAGAGUCUCCGGAGGAGGCGGCAACCAAGAGGAGCAAACAGCCGGAGUCAGAGCUGCUGAUGGCCGACAUGCUUUCCCUGGAAGAUCAGCUGCUGCGGGUUCGCUCUGCGGAGGUGGAGGCCCAGCUGAGGCACUACAAGCUGCCCAAGACAUGCCUGGCAGGUCCCGGGCUGCUGUCGGAGCAAUGGCGGCUGUUCGCGUCCAGCCACGCCAAAGCCAAAGCAGAAGGAGCUCAGCCGCGGGUGAACGGCUCGAUACCCUGCUACCCGCCUCCCCCCAACCUGGUGGACUACCAGGACCCCGCCGCACUCAACCUGUCGGUGCUGGGCGUGGGCUACCCCAUCAGCCCGGGCUUGUUCUCCUACAUGAACUCGGCCCUUCCGGCCGCGGCCUCCGGCGUGGCCGCUCCGUCCCCCGCGCAGUUCGCCCAGCUGCCCUUCCUGGCGUCGGCGGCUCAGCUGAUGCACCCAGCCUCCAGCUCUCACACCGACAGAGCUCUGCUCCCCCCUCGCCUCUACUACCCCUUCCUGUGCGAGCACACCUUUGGACCGCCGAGUUCUCAGAGCGACGCCGGCAAAUCUCAAAAGACCCCGUCGAGCGGCGCAGACGCAAGCCCUUCGCCGGGCUUCCAGCCUAAAGUCGGUCUGUGGAAGGUUCCUGCUUUGAGGCCGGGGAACGCCGUGUCCCCCGCUGGCUGGGCGUCGCCUCACAGGGACUCCCCCGACCAGGGCUACAGUCUGGGGGAUAAGACACAAGCUACAGCCAAGGAAGGCAAAGUGACCCUCGGUCUCAAAAGGACAGGAGGUCCCCUGAGAGGACAUGAAGCCCCUGCAGAGAAGAAACCAGCAACGGGCUUCACUUUGGACCUUUUGAGGAACAUCCAGGCCGCAUCAGCCGACAAACUUCUUCUGCAGAGCAGUUUGCAGGAUGUCCAGCUGCAGACCCGGCAAAGCGACCGCUGGUGCAGCAAGUCUCCCAUCAGUCCCGGCGGUGAGGCGGCCGGUCCUGGAGCCAGCAGCAAAGACGCCUCCAGGUCCGUCGAAGACGGUGCUUCGGCGUCGGUGGCCGCCCUCCUCACCGAUCUGUCCAAGGCUCUGCAGGAGUACCAGGAGGCCGAGCGCAAGAUCUCCCACCUGGAAAGCGAGGACCUCCCUGCCCAGAGACACCUGUGGGAGCACCUGAACAAAAUCCGCAGCGAGCUCUCCCACAUCCACCAGGCGCUGGAGCGCACGGCCGGCCAGAGCGACGGACCUCUGGACCUGUCGGUGAAGAGGGAGUCCACGGACUCGUCGAGUGAGCAAACCCUGAGAGAGGACGGCGGCCUUAAGGCGACGGAGACGGAGGAGGAGGAGAUGGAGGAGAAGGAGGAGGAGGAAGAGGACGAAAGGAAGCCGACAUCGCUGGAGAAGCGGAAGCAGUCACUGGACAUGCUGAUCAAGAUGAGCCAGGUGUCGGUCGUCAGCGCCGAAGUCUUGCCUCCGCCGGGUCUCGGCCUGAGGUCAGCCGAGGCUUUGUGGCCGAGCAGAACCACAAAGUGUGAAGCGGACUCCAGCGUCCUGCUCUGCCCCGACGGCCGAUCCGUCGUGUUCGCCGACAUCGCCUCCUCCGUCAAACCUCCAAAGAGACCCUCGUCCAUCCAGCGACUGGAAGCCCAGUGUCCCCCGAGUCCGCUGACCCCCCCUGACAGCUAAACGGAAGACCAAGAGGAUGAAAAUGUGACGUUUGUGUCCGAUCUACUGGACGCACUGUUUGUUCACUGCAAAAAGGGAACUAAAAAUAAGUAAAAUUUUCUUGAAAUUAGUCUAUUUGUCCUUGAUUUG